AUGGACAAUCCAUACAAUGUGCGUUCAUGGAAUGGGGGCACUGUACAGCUGCCUCUACAGGCUCAGGCCAAGACCUUUGCUCGCGAGAACUUCUCGAAUUGCCAAGUGCAAUUGGAGGAGGAGAUGAGGGACCGACUUGAUCGAAGCGGCUCCAAGCUAGAUGGUGUGCGAGAUAGUAUGGAAAAAGUGGUGCAAGCCGUCCAGUCCGAGAUCAAAGAGAGACAAGAGGCGAACAAAGCCUUGGGUGUGAUGUUUGAGUCACAGGUACAGUCCAUUCAGGACCGAUUGGAUGCAGUCUUCAUGAAGAAGUUGGACCAUUUGGACUCCAGUGUGGCCAUGCUUGGUCAGCGAAUGUCAGCAGUUGAACGCGAGUUCUCACUGACCAGGGAGAAGCACAUGCAGGACAUUAGUCGUCGCAAUCACCGACUAACAGAGGAGGUGGAGAAUUGCAAGUCAAACCUGAAGCGAGAGAAAGAGGAGAGGAAACAGCGGGCAGAUGAGUUUGCCAAGCAGCUGUCAGAGUGUGAGGCGCAGACGCGUGCGCUGAUAGCAACGCAAGCCCAGCAGCGUGAACAGAAGCAGGGCUCCAAGUCCAAUAAGUCCAACAAGUCCAACAUGGAUAUCAUUCCUUUGGGUGUGAGCUUUGGACCGUGGGAGCCCAAAGUUGGCAUCCAAAAUUCGGAAAUGGAGUCUUUUGACUCCGAAGAAGAUUCUGAUUUCCCUCUGAAAGAAAGCUUGCCUUGUUUGUACGUGGACUGCCAUGGAGGAUUUUCCAGCGUUGAGGAUUCUGUGGCCUCAUUGUCUGCAAUUGAAAGAGCAGAGGAAGGGCUACAAGACAGUUUGCGACAGUCUCGUCUUCAGAAAGCUCUGGCACCAGGUCAGAUUUUGACGCAGGCUGAUAUCCAGCGCUUGUACCAUGACCAAGGCCUUGGUCAUUUUGCAGUUCCCGUUGUUUGUAUCCUCAAAUUGAGCCUGGCAAUGAUCAGUUUUGGCCAAAGCGCCGCCGACACUGAAGAUAUGGUUUUUCAAGUUUGUACUGCAAUCGAAUUGCCAGUGGUUCAUUUCGAGGUGGGCACGCGAAACAUCAAUGCAUCGUUUGCAGGGAUAGUACACACCGUGCCCUUUGCCAGAGGCAUCAAUGCAGACAAGCUGGCUUCUACAAUAAGCUUGGCCAAUCUCAUGAUGAUGCGGGUCGGAACUAUUCAAGGGGCAUCAGACCUGCUUGAUGAUAUUUUUGAACAAAGACCACCGUAUAGCGACUUCGUCCAAUACGUUUGCUUCUGCGCUUUGAGCGUCCUGGCUUCCAUUGCUGCUUUCAUGGGGAGCUCACGUGAUGCAGCUGCAGUGGCUUUGAUCGUACCAGCGACCGUGCUGGGGCAGGUUUUCUGUAGAAGGUUCAGCCCGUGGGCUGAUUUGGAAGCAUUUAUCGUAGCUUUGACCGUUGGUGUCCUGACUCCACUGGUUUCGAGCUUUCUAAACGCUCCUCUUUGUGAAAUACCAGCCAUCUAUCUGUCACCGCUUUUGGUAUAUUUACCGGGGUCCCAACUGAUCUACGGAGCUUAUGAAAUACAGUUUGGCUCGCUGGUCAAUGGAGUAAGCCAACUUGGCUCCUGUGUCGUGCGUUGCAUGUUCCUUGCCAUGGCUCUUCUGAUAGGCUGGCAGGUUUUUGGUCAUGGAUUCUAUCAGGGGGCCACGAAAUCAUCCGCUGCUGCCUCGCUGGUUCCGAUCAAUAUGUCAUGCAUGUUCCCUUACAGCUGGGAGAUUGUCUUUUGCUGCUGGAACAUCCCUCUACUUUUUUUUGCCUUUAUUGGCUUGAAUAUGCCGCUGUGCAAAAUGGCAGGGCCAGGUCUCAUAGCCUAUUUGUCUUUGCUUCUGUACAUAGUCUUGCUAAAACAGUCUCAGAUCGAGGGUUUUUUCCCGAAUCGCAUCAUCGACUCGAUUGCGCUCUUUGCGGCCGCCAACUUCGCUUAUUUUCAUGAAUAUUGUACAUCAUCACCUGCAAUUCUCGCCAUCCUUCCGGUUCUUCUUGUCCUGGCUCCUGGGUCGCACGUUGUCCUCUCCAUACUCUCGUCAGUUCAGCGCAGUGCCAACCUCUCUGUGAUGGUGGAGCCGAUUUUGGAUUUGAUUCUUCAAGGAGUGGCGUAUGCUGUGGGUCUAACGCUGGCAAUGCGACUUUGGAGACCCCUUCUGCAUCGCAAGUUGGCGCGCCGUUUGGCAAGGUAUCAGAGUCUACGUGCACGCUUAGACGGGCUGAAACAGCGGAGUGAAACAGGGGAUGACCAGAUCUACAGCUACCUGGAGGAGAAGGUGGUUGGCAUCAAAGCUAUGCUGGCUGCAGAGAAGACGGCUCGCACACAGGCAGAUGAUGACAUCAUGCAAGCCCUUAAGCACUAUACCAACUGUCUGCAGGAUGCGCUGCGGACCAUCAACCAGCAUUGA